GGCUGACGGCGGCCCGGGCGGGCGGAGGCGUGCCCGGCGCUAGGACCCAGGAGGACGCCAGGCGGCUCUUCGGGCCGGAUUACAAAUUCGCCGUGACUCAGUCUGCUCGGCGCGGAGCGCAGCGGGCGGCGGCGGGAGCAGUGAGACAAGAUGGAGUACGAGUGGAAGCCCGACGAGCAGGGCCUCCAGCAGAUCCUGCAGCUGCUCAAGGAGUCCCAGUCCCCGGACACCACCACGCAGAGAGCCGUGCAACAAAAACUGGAACAACUCAAUCAAUACCCAGAUUUCAACAACUACCUGAUUUUUGUUCUUACGAAGUUGAAGUCUGAAGAUGAACCAACACGUUCCCUGAGUGGUCUCAUCUUGAAGAAUAAUGUAAAAGCACAUUUUCACAACUUUCCCAAUGGGGUAACUGACUUCAUUAAAAGUGAAUGUCUGAACAAUAUUGGUGAUUCCUCCCCCUUAAUUAGAGCUACUGUAGGCAUCCUGAUAACAACCAUUGCCUCAAAAGGGGAAUUACAGAAUUGGCCUGAACUCUUACCAAAGCUUUGCAGCCUGUUGGAUUCUGAAGAUUACAAUACCUGUGAGGGUGCUUUUGGCGCUCUUCAGAAGAUAUGUGAAGAUUCUGCUGAAAUUUUAGAUAGUGAUGUAUUGGACCGACCACUCAAUAUCAUGAUACCUAAGUUCUUGCAGUUCUUCAAGCACAGCAGUCCAAAAAUAAGGUCUCAUGCUGUUGCCUGCGUCAAUCAAUUUAUCAUCAGCAGAACUCAAGCUCUUAUGUUGCACAUAGAUUCUUUUAUUGAGAAUCUUUUUGCACUGGCUGGUGAUGAGGAGCCUGAAGUACGCAAAAAUGUGUGCCGUGCUCUGGUGAUGUUGCUAGAAGUUCGAAUGGAUCGCCUGCUUCCUCAUAUGAUUAGUAUAGUUGAGUACAUGCUUCAAAGAACCCAGGACCAAGAUGAAAAUGUGGCUUUGGAGGCUUGUGAGUUCUGGCUGACUUUGGCUGAACAGCCAAUUUGUAAAGAUGUAUUAUGUCGGCACCUUACUAAGCUGAUACCUGUGCUGGUAAAUGGUAUGAAGUAUUCAGAGAUUGAUAUUAUUCUGUUGAAGGGGGAUGUUGAAGAAGAUGAAGCUAUUCCAGAUAGUGAACAGGACAUAAGACCUCGCUUUCAUCGUUCUCGGACAGUGGCUCAGCAACAUGAAGAAGAUGGUAUUGAAGAUGAUGACGAUGAUGACGAUGAACUUGAUGAUGACGAUACUAUUUCUGACUGGAAUUUAAGGAAGUGUUCUGCUGCUGCUUUAGAUGUCCUAGCCAAUGUAUUUCGUGAUGAACUUCUGCCACACAUCUUGCCCCUUUUGAAGGAAUUGCUCUUCCAUCCCGAAUGGGUCGUUAAAGAAUCUGGUAUCCUUGUUCUUGGAGCAAUUGCUGAAGGCUGCAUGCAGGGUAUGAUUCCAUAUCUUCCUGAGCUGAUCCCUCACCUAAUUCAGUGCCUGUCUGACAAAAAGGCUCUUGUGCGCUCCAUUACAUGCUGGACUCUUAGUCGCUAUGCACACUGGGUAGUUAGUCAACCCCCAGACACAUACUUGAAGCCAUUAAUGACUGAGUUGCUAAAGCGUAUCCUGGAUAGCAACAAGAGAGUACAAGAAGCUGCCUGCAGUGCCUUUGCUACUCUAGAAGAGGAGGCUUGUACAGAGCUUGUUCCUUAUCUUGCAUAUAUACUUGACACUUUGGUCUUCGCAUUUAGUAAAUACCAGCAUAAAAACCUGCUCAUCCUUUAUGAUGCUAUAGGAACUCUAGCAGAUUCUGUAGGACAUCAUCUAAAUAAACCAGAAUAUAUUCAGAUGCUAAUGCCUCCAUUAAUCCAAAAGUGGAACAUGUUGAAGGAUGAAGAUAAAGAUCUCUUCCCUUUAUUAGAGUGCCUGUCGUCAGUUGCUACUGCCUUGCAAUCUGGCUUUCUUCCAUACUGUGAACCCGUGUACCAGCGUUGUGUAAAUCUGGUGCAGAAGACCCUUGCACAAGCCAUGUUGCAUAAUGCUCAGCCAGACCAAUAUGAAGCUCCAGAUAAAGAUUUCAUGAUUGUGGCUCUUGAUUUACUGAGUGGUUUAGCUGAAGGACUUGGAGGCAACAUCGAACAGCUAGUGGCUCGCAGCAAUAUCCUGACACUAAUGUACCAAUGCAUGCAGGAUAAAAUGCCUGAGCUGAUUUCACGCCAAUUUUGGGAACCAACCUAAACCCCGAAUUCAUUUCUGUGUGUAACAAUGCCACUUGGGCAAUUGGAGAAAUCUCCAUCCAGAUGGGUAUAGAGAUGCAGCCUUAUAUUCCAAUGGUGUCGCACCAGCUUGUAGAAAUAAUUAACAGACCCAACACACCAAAGACGUUGUUAGAGAACACAGGUACCCAAAAAUUGAACCAUACCUGGCGAAGGGAUUUAGAGAUAUUUUUUUUUUAAUAAUGAUUUAAAACAUUGUAGGGGAACCACACCAGAACUGAUUUUAUUGCUAUGUAUUUGGCUUUUAUAAGCAAAAGCAACUCUGUUUUGCAGAAGCUCUUACAAGUCUCAGUCUUGCAGCCAACUAUCUAUCAUAUAUCUAGAUUCUUAAAGUUAUUCCUUUCUCACUUUUAUGACAUUUAUUAUA